CAAUUAGGUAGUGACGUGUCUGGGCUCCGCCCCCCGUUGUCCUCCAUUCAUUCGGUGUGUGUGAAUCGGGAGAAGAUGGUGGAGAAGGAGCAGGCGGUGAUCAGUGAGGAGGAGGCCGCACAGUAUGAUCGCCAGAUCCGCCUCUGGGGGCUGGAGGCGCAGAAUAGGCUUCGUAAAUCCAGAGUCCUUUUGGUUGGCAUGAGAGGUUUGGGCGCUGAAGUAGCAAAGAAUCUGAUCUUGGCAGGAGUUCAGGAACUGACUUUACUAGACCAUCAGCUGGUGUCAGAAGAAGACUCUCGGGCCCAGUUCUUGAUACCGACUGGAUCUCUUGGUAGCAACAGAGCAGAGGCUUCUGAGAAACGGGCUCAGAAUCUCAACCCAAAUGUCAAAGUCAAGGUGGACACAGAAAACAUUGAGAAUAAACCUGAUGAGUUCUUCAAGCAGUUUGAUGCUGUAUGUCUGACCUGCUGCUCAAGAGACUUGCUGGUGAAAGUUGACCAGAUCUGCCACCAAAGCAACAUCAAGUUCUUUGCGGGAGAUGUCUUUGGUUAUCAUGGAUACAUGUUUGCUGACCUGGGAGAACAUGAGUUUGUUGAGGAGAAGAUGAAGGUGAUCAAAAGUAAUAAGGAGGUUGAAGAUGGUCCAGAGGCUAAGAAAACAAAAAUUGAUGCUUCAGAGAGUACAAUGAUAAAAAAGAAAAUAGACUUUUGCCGCUUGAAGGACUCUUUGGAAAUCGACUGGAGCAGCGAAAAAGCAAAAGCUGCGCUCAAGAAAACGCCUGCCGACUUCUUUCUUUUGCAAGUAAUAAUGAAGUUCCGCACUGAUAAGGGGAGGGACCCUCAGCCCAGCACAUUUCAGGAAGACUGUGAUCUCUUGCUGCAGAUUCGCAAUGAUCUGCUGGAUUCCAUGAGUCUUAACCCCGAUCUGCUGGAAGAAGACUUUGCAAGUUAUUGUUUUUCGGAGAUGGCACCUGUCUGUGCAGUGGUGGGUGGUGUUUUGGGUCAAGAAAUUGUGAAAGCGCUGUCCCAACGAGAUCCUCCACAUAAUAACUUCUUUUUCUUUAACGGGCUUAAGAGUAAUGGCAUUGUUGAUUGCUUAGGUGCCAAAUGAUGUGAAGGAGGCCCACUGGCUGUCUUGGAGCGUGUAACGGGAUAUUUGCAAACAUUGGACCAAUAUAAUGGCUCUUUUUAGAUACUUUACCUCACUGUUAAAGGACAGCUCCACUCAAAGGUGAUAUCCGUUUUGAUGGGCACUGGUUGGUUGAAUUACAUGGCAUCUUCAUUUUUUUCAGAGAUGGCCUUGUUAAGAUUCCCCUGUACUGAAUUAUGUUUUUCG